UAAGCAUACUUGUAGCUAUCGCGAUAUUACCGGACUGGCGGCAAAGACAGUGUAGUGCGCCUGCGCCCUUUGUACCCCGCAAAAUCUCUCAAGUAGUCGGAAGGGAAGGCAAUGGCUGGCACCACCAAGGACCGCAGGCCUAAAAAGCCCGUGGUGCACUGCGUCGGCAGCCGGCCGCCAUUCGAGCCGCAGACUCGCUGCAGGGAUGUUGCCGCCCUCCAGGCCGCCGAGGAGCUGCUGGCCAAGGACGACUUUGCCGGCGCGAUCCGUUCCUUCUUUCAAAUACCGGUCGGGGAUGACUACGUCUACCACGCCCUAGCCAGCGUCAAGCUGGAGGAGGUGCAGCGGGCCGUCGAGUCGGGCGGUGCUGGGGGCCGUCAUGCUUGGUAUAGGAGGAGCGAGGAUGGUCAACCUCUUCCAUCUCCACCACAAGCAGACGUCGAAGCCUACAUCUCCAUCUUCGACCCAGCAAAAUCCGCCCCCUCGGCGCUAAAGUCUUUCCUCUCCAACGCAAAGAAGGACUCCAUCCGGCUAGCAUGCGCCACCCUCCUAGCCGAAAAGCGCUUCAUCCACCCCGCGCUCACCCAAUCCCUCACCAUCCCCAAGCUCCGCAAACCUACCACCACCACCACCACCGGCGACGACACCCACCCUUCAAACCCGUACCUCAACUUCUGGGCCUGGUCCUGCCGACGCCUGCAAUGGUGCGGGCCGCACCCGACCACGGAGCGCGUGCGCAUGGCCCACCCGGUGCUGCCGGUGCUGAUGCACCAUUUUGGCUGCGCCGUGCCGUCGCGGGAGGCCCUCGAGGUCCUGCGCGUCCUGGCCGCUGGCCGCACCGUUGCUGACGUUGGCUCCGGCAACGGCUACUGGUCCUUUAUGCUGCGGCGCCACGGCGUACCCACCCUGGCCGUAGACAAUGAGCAGUCGCUCUGGCGAGCAAACUGGGUUGACGAUACCAUCAUCGACGACGGCGUCGCGUGGCUGCGUCGCCGGGAUCCCGCCGGUGGGAGGGAUUUGGUUUUGUUGCUGGUUUACCCGGUAGUUGGCCAGGACGGCAAGGGCGAGUUCACUCGCUCCCUCCUGGCUGCAUACACAGGCGACACCGUCGCCGUCGUGGGAACGCAGAACCGCAACGGAUAUACAGGCUUUGCGGGUAUGACCAUGGAUCAGUACAUGGAGCAAGAGGCGGCCAAGGACUGCCCCAGCAGCGAUAAAUGGGUGCGCGUGGCCCAGAUACCGCUUCCCAGCUUUGCAGCAAAGGACGAGGCGCUGUUUGUAUUCCAGCGUGGGGAUCGUGCCCCGAGUACACCUCCAGUCUCUGGUUGA